UGAGGAGGAAGCUGCGCUGUAUGAUGCUCUGAAGGAGCAUUUACAACAGCAUCCCACAGAUGAAAAUGACGGCCCUCAAAGGGAACAGGAGAAAGAGAGGUUUCUACGAGUGUUUCCUCAGCUGAAAAAGAAACUUGAGGACCACAUCAAGAAGCUCCGAGACCUGGCUGCCCAUCUUGACGAGGUGCACCACGGCUGUACCAUCUCCAAUGUGGUUCUAGCUGUUAGCACUGUCUCUGGAAUCCUUGGUUUGGCUCUGUUACCCUUUACAGGAGGGGCCAGCCUGAUACUCUCAGCAACCGCCAUGGGGCUGGGAGUGAUAGCAUCUGUCAAUGGUCUUGUGACCAACGUUGUAGAAGAAUCAAUCAAACUGUCAGAUGAAUCUGAAGCCAGUCGCCUGGUUGGAGCCAGCAUGGACAUACUCGGGGAGAUUCUAAAGAUCACACCUAAGAUCACAAUCAAGCUUGGUAAUACAGGCAUGGAGUUAGUCGAGGCCUUCAAAACCCUCAGGGAUCAGAUCCGAGCCAUCAGGGGAGCCAGGUCCAUCUCUCAGGGUGCAGCAGCUGCCAGGAGCCUCACCUCCACUGGAGAAAGCUCUGUCCAAGGUGCUAGAGAGAUGGGGGCUGCCUUCACGGGCUCUCCUCUCUCAAUGACCAGAGGAGCCAGGUUUGGAGCAGCAGGGGUUACAAGCUUUUUCCUUGCAUGGGAUGUGUAUCACCUUGUGGCAGAUUCCAUGGAUCUGUAUGAUGGGGCAAAAACAGAGUCAGCUGGGGCACUGCGGGAACUGUGUCACAAGCUGGAUGACAAGCUGAAAAUAUUUGAGGAGAUCUACAAGGCACUGCAGUCAGACCUGCCUCAGUGACCCCACCUCCAAGCAGCUAAGUGUUCAGGGGACAGGGUGGGGACAGUGGAGGUGUGCUGUAACAAGGGAAACAGCCGAGGUCGAGGUGAUGGAACAGAUUGUGGAGGCCUUUGAAUUUCUCUGGGUGAACAGAGCUAGGUCAAUGCAGGUGGCCAGAGAUGCCAGGAGAAGGGGAAACUGGAGUCUAAAAGGGCGACCAGAGUGGCCUAGAGUGUGGGGAAUGGGAUUGUAACAUGUUGGGUGUGGUCAGGGAGGGCUGUACAGGACAAGCAAUGAGAAGUCAGGAAGCCUGGGGAGCAGAAAAUGGGGGAGAGCCAGAGUGAGAGUCAAGGCAGAUUUACAUAAGGCAUCACACAGUGUAAGGAAUGGAGAUGAAGCCAACACUUUUGUGACAGGAGGUUGGGCAUGUGGCUCUCAGCUCCUUCUCAAUCUGUGGAGGCUCGCUGGCCAUGGUGGUGUCUCAGAUCAAUGGGCUCUUGCCUUCCUGCGUUCUAUAGGCUUGUGUUCAAUAAAUGUCAACU